GGAUGUAUGUGGCUGACGCUUUCGGUUAAUGUGGAUGUGAUAGCCGUGUUUCUUCACCGUCUGGACAAGGAAACUUGGAAGAUGAAGCUGUGCACGUACUUGCUCCUUAGUUUCCUGGUUCGGGCAUCGCCGGAGCCACGCCGCUCGCUGUCCAUCACAGAGCCUCCCCAUCAUGUGGAGUUCAGCAACGAUACCGGUGUCAUGCUGAGCUGUGCCACCCGGGGAGAUUACCAGCUGGACUGGUUGCUCAUGGAUGGCACGCCGGUGACGCCGGUGGCGGGCUUACGGCGGGUGCUGGCCAACGGCUCGCUCGAGCUGCCUCCGUUCCCCUCCGAUCGGUACCGGAGGGACGUGCACUCAACCACGUACAGGUGCCGCGUCGGCCUCGCUGGCGGUUUCGCUGUGCUGUCGAAAAACAUUCAUUUACACGCUGCACUGAACAUACCAUGGGAGGUGCACGUGCCAGAUGAAUACGUGAUGGCCGGCAACGCGGCGGUGUUGCGGUGCGUGGUGCCGGCCCAUUGCCUCGACCGCGUCGGCGAAACCGACUGGUUCACCGACGAUGACGUCAGCGUGCUGCGGUACUUGGGCAACGCGGCGGUGCUGCGGUGCGUGGUGCCGGCCCACUGCCUCGACCGCGUCGGCGAAACCGACUGGUUCACCGACGAUGACGUCAGCGUGCUGCGGUACUUGGGAGUGGCAGAGAGAAAGAAGGCAACGCGGCAAUACUCCUCGGUAGUGCUCACUGCCUUGACCAUGUCAGCUGCACCGACUAGUUCACUGACGAAGACGUCCAGCGUGAUGCGGUAUUUGGGUACAAAAUACCAGCAGCUGGACGACGGGUCGCUGUACAUCAGCGCGGUGAGCCCGCUGGACCGGUACAGCACGUUCCGGUGCCGCGUCCGGGACCGGAUCACCGGGGUGCUCCACUCCAGCCAGUACAAAUACCAGCAGCUCGACGACGGGUCACUGUACAUCAGUGCGGUGAGCCCGCUGGACCGGUACAGCACGUUCCGGUGCCGCGUCCGGGACCGGAUCACCGCGGUGCUCCACUCCAGCCAGUACAAAUACCAGCAGCUGGACGACGGGUCGCUGUACAUCAGCGCGGUGAGCCCGCUGGACCGGUACAGCACGUUCCGGUGCCGCGUCCGGGACCGGAUCACCGGGGUGCUCCACUCCAGCCAGUACUUUGGUCACCUAAUAGUGACAGAGCCCAAAGGCGGCGUCCGGCCCCGAGUAGCCGUCGAAUCCAGGACCCGGCGGGUCCAAGCCGGGCACGACAUCAAACUGCCGUGUGCGGCGCACGCGUGGCCAGUGCCCAGUUACAGGUGGUUUCGUGACCACCACGAGCAGCUGGUGGCCAUAGAGAAGACGUCUCUGUGGGAGCGAGCGCGGCUCCUCGGCGGCGGUCUGCUCAGUAUCCAGGCGGUCAGGCGGGAAGACGCCGGCCGCUUCGUGUGCUGGCUCAAUAACACCGCGGGGGGAGAGUCCGUACACUUCACAGUUAUUGUCACAGAACCAAUAUCCGUCCGAAUUAAACCCGAGAUAUUAAGAACAAAAGCAAACUCUGACAUAAACUUCGAGUGCAAAGUGUCAGGACACCCGAUAGAAAUUAUUUACUGGGUGCACGACGCCAGCGUGGUCAAGUCCAGCGAGAGAGUCAAGGUGUCAGAGGACGGCCUAAGAUUACAUAUCAGGAACGCGCAGAAGGAUGACCAAGGCAUCUAUCAGUGCUUCGCGAGUAACUCCAGGGAUCAGGCAUAUGGAUUGUCUGAAUUUGUCAUAAAUGCGACCGAGGGCCGGCGAACAGUGGGCAAUAGGUCCCGGCGAACGCCGUAUGCACGAAGCGCGCACGCACACGACGCUGACUGGAACUUCACUGGGACUAGAGAAUCAAAGCCCGAGUUGGUGUACUGGUUUUCGGAACAAACCCUCCAACCAGGCCCCAGCGUGUCUCUGAAGUGCGUGGCCAUGGGACACCCGCCUCCGCAGUUCACUUGGCUACUUGAUGGAUUUCCAAUACCUACUAAUUCUCGGUUCGUAGUAGGCCAGCACGUAACUCUACAAGACGACGUGGUCAGCCAUCUUAACAUCAGUCGGGUGACAGAACAAGAUGGCGGCGAAUACGCCUGUGUUGCUAGCAACACUGCAGGCAAGGCGUUGCAUGCGGCGCGUGUCAACGUAUACGGCCUGCCGUAUAUACGGGAGAUGCCGAAGGUCACAGCAGUAGCGGGCAGUGACUUGAAUAUCAAGUGCCCCGUCGCUGGAUACCCGAUUGAAUCCAUUUCUUGGGAAAGGGAUGGUCAAACGCUGCCGUUGAACAGAAGACAGAAGGUAUUCCCCAAUGGGACCCUGAUAGUGGAGCAAACACAGCGUGGGGAAGACGCCGGGACCUACACCUGCCAGGCGGCCAAUAGGCAGCGGCAUGCAGCCAGACGAGACGUAGAAGUACAGAUACUGGUUCAACCGAAGAUCCUGCCUAUUCAACCGCUCACGAAUUUUCUGAGGGAAGGGAUGAGGGCGGCGAUUUCUUGUCAAAUAUUGGAGGGGGAUUUGCCUAUUGCGUUUCGGUGGGAGAAGAAUGGGCAGCCGGUGACGUCAUCGCCGUAUGCGCCGAGUGGGAUCAUCACGAGACGGAUGGACGAGUACAGUGCUUCGUUGGUGAUAGAGCACAUCACGUCGCUGCAUAGUGGGAACUACACAUGCAUCGCUUCGAAUGUAGCUGGCUCAGAGCGGUUCACUGUACCACUGACCGUCAAUGUUCCACCGAGGUGGCGCUUGGAACCGAACGACGUGGCCGUAGCGGCUGGCCAAGACGUCACACUGCAGUGCCAAGCGGACGGGUACCCGAAGCCUAGUAUUACAUGGAAGAAAGCCGUAGCACCAGCAAGGUUUCCAAUGAAGAGCAAAACGGUGCAGGUCACAGUAGGGCAGGCAGCCCAUCUCCAGUGCGCAGCAUCUGGUGACGCACCUUUAGAGGUGUCCUGGCGCACUGCCCAUCAUCACACCAUUGCACACCAUUUGGACACGCGGUAUACAAUUCGAGAACAAGUCCUAGACGAUGGACUGGUUUCUGAACUAACCAUCCUACAGACCUAUCGACAAGACACUGGUGCUUUGACCUGCCGUACGUCUAAUACUUAUGGACAAGACGAAAUGCUCAUACACCUGGUAGUACAAGAGGUUCCUGAAAUGCCAAAGAAUAUAAGGAUAAUAGACCAGCAAUCGAGGUCUAUCCAAAUAUCAUGGACUCAACCGUACGCUGGGAACAGCCCCAUCAUCAACUACAUCGUACAAUAUAAAGAAGCUCCAGAGUCAUGGCCAACAACCCCACAAAAAGUGAUAGUUCCGGGUAGCGUGACGUCUGCUAGCGUUCAAAAUCUUCAACCUGCGACUUCCUACCACUUACGAAUCAUUGCCGAAAACAGACUGGGACAGAGCGAACCAAGCCAACUCAUUCAAGUGACCACCACUGAAGAAGUCCCAAGUGGCCCUCCACUGGACGUCAGAGUGGAAGCGAAGAGUUCAACCGAAUUGAUCGUCAGCUGGGAACCACCACAACGAGAUCUUUGGAACGGAAACAUUCUGGGAUAUUACGUUGGAUUUCAAGAGCUGAACAGCAACAGUACAAUCCUAAGCGCGAGCGGCCCGGGCGGCGCCUCAUACACCGUGCGAACAGUAGAAGGGGCAGGCACGGCUAGAGCCAGGACUACACUAUCGGGAUUGCAGAAGCACGCUGCCUACGCUAUUGUAGUCCAGGCCUAUAAUAGCAGAGGCGCUGGACCUGCGUCCCCUCCCACCACUGCCACUACUAUGGAAGAUGUGCCGAGCCUACCACCAGGGUCUCUCCAAUGUACAGCAGUGAGCUCUCAAUCUGUGCGUGUAUCCUGGGAACCGCCGCCAAUGCGCGGGCGCAACGGCGUGCUACAAGGAUAUAGAGUCACGUAUGCUCCUGUCACUGACUGGUAUGGAAACGAAGACGCAGUGACCAAGCAAAUAUCGGGUCUGCAUACUACGCUGUCAGGGCUGCGUCGCUACACAAACUACUCUGUGACAGUCUGCGCCUUUACUGCAGCGGGGGACGGAGUCAGGGCUGCUCCGGUCUACUGCCAUACGGAAGAAGAUGUUCCCUCGGCGCCAGCAGACAUAAAAGCAGUGGUGUCGUCCCGCAACAAGAUCCUGGUUUCGUGGCUGCCUCCCGCCGCCCCUAACGGAGUGCUGGUUGGAUACACGCUGUAUAUGAGCGUCAUUGAGGAUGGCAGAGAAGAGGGCACCCACAAACGCAUGCUGUCGCCCAGCACGCUGUCCCACGAGACGUCGCGGUCGCCUCCGAGGGCGACGCACCAGUUCUGGGUCUCAGCGUCCACGAGGCUUGGCGAGGGAGAGACUACCAGGGUCGUCACUGUGCUACCCUCGGAUUCUGUGCCCGCACGAAUAACAUCAUUCAGCCGCAGCAUCGUCACCCCUUGGAAGGAGAACAUCUCUCUGUCCUGUAACAAAGUUGGUGUACCCACGCCUUCUACCAUUUGGAGUAUGAAUGGCGCUACUUUGGAAUCCACACUGAGGAAGAAUGUUAGCAACGAUGGGACUCUUGUUAUUAGUAUGACCCAAUACGCCGAUAGUGGCAACUACACCUGUUCAGUUGAGAACAUCCACGGACGUGACGAGGUCACCUACAGCGUGGAAGUGAAGGUUCCACCUCAACCACCGGUCUUAGCCGUGGUAGACUCAUACGCAGACUCUUUGCACCUACAGUGGAGUGAUCAGGGCGAUGGGGGCAGUCCUAUUCUUGGAUACGUAAUAAAUUACAAACGCGAGCACGGUGACUGGGAAGAAUUGCAAGUGGAAGCGGGCACUUCGGAGCACGUGUUGCCGAACCUUUGGUGCGGGACUCGCUACCAACUGUACAUUACCGCCUUCAAUAGGAUCGGGACUGGACUGCCGUGUGAUAUCGUUCAUGCAUACACUAAAGGCACAGUUCCAGUAAAACCCAAACAUUCCCAAAUGAUAACACUAAACACAACGACGGUAACCGUGUGGUUGGACUCGUGGGGAGACGGUGGUUGCGGCAUUCUUUACUUCGUCAUCGAGUACAGGGAGAUCAGUCAAUCGCAGUGGCGUCUAGUAUCGAACAGCGUGCAGGCCACAGAACGAGUCGAUAAUGUGUCGCCGUUAGUAGCACAGCUGCAGAACAAAGUCAACCGCGACCAGCAGUACUUAGCGCCGCCGCACCAUUACAAGCACAAGCACGCCAGUAACGUAGCGCAACUACAGAACAAGGUCAACCGCGACCAGCAGUACUUAGCGGCGCGCGCACAGCACCCGCCGCCACCGCUACACUACAAGCACGCCAUAGCGCAACUACAGAACAAGGUCAACCGCGACCAGCAGUACUUAGCGGCGCGCGCACAGCACCCGCCGCCACCGCUACACUACAAGCACGCCAUAGCACAGCUGCAGAACAAAGUCAACCGCGACCAGCAGUACCUAGCGGCGCGCGCACAGCACCCGCCGCCGCCGCACCACUAUAAGCACUCGAGCAACGAAUACAUAGAGGACAUCUGCCCCUACGCUACGUUCCAACUGACCAAGCCGACGGCCUACAGCGAGAGCAGUUACAGCGGCAACGUGUACAGCGGGCCUUACCACUCCGUGCGGGGCUCCUUUGUCUACCACGACUUGAAGCAGAACGACAAGUACAAGGGCAAAGAGCCAGAAUACACGAAAGUUAGAAGAAAAGGGAACAGACUCCGCGAUCCUCACUCUGAGAGCCAAGAAUCGGACAACUUGGGCUCGACGGACUCGGAGGUGAAGAAGAUACUAACGCUGCACCUGCCCAUUACAGAGUACGAGGACGACGCGAGCGACGACGCCAGCGCGCCGCAUUCCGACAGCGAGCCGGCGGCCAGGCUGCGGCCUACACAUCCUCCUACUUCGAGCGACGACGCCAGCGCGCCGCAUUCCGACAGCGAGCCGGCGGCCAGGCUGCGGCCUACACAUCCUCCUACUUCGAGUGACAGCGCCAGCGCGCCGCAUUCCGACAGCGAGCCGGCGGCCAGGCUGCGGCCUACACAUCCUCCUACUUACCCGAGCGUAGAGCGCGAAGAAUCUUCCUCUUCAUCAGAGAACUCCGUAGGAGGAGUGGUCCGAAAGGCCUUCCCUUCCCGAAAGGGGAAGGCAGGCGUCGGGAAGCGACACGUGAGAUCCUCUAUGCUAGACGGCGAGCUAUCACCGCCAGUACCGGCGGCCGGAGCACGGUCGCUGAGCGGCGCGCGCGUCAUACUACCGGCCGCGCUGUCGCUGCUCGUGCUUGGCGCGCUCAUUGCCAUCGUGCUACUGGUGCGCCGGAAUAAAUCAGGUGGCACAGAGACGGCAGCGGCAGAGAGCGGCGUAGGCGAGUCGCCGUCGGUAGCGCAACUACAGAACAAGGUCAACCGCGACCAGCAGUACUUAGCGGCGCGCGCACAGCACCCGCCGCCGCCGCACCACUACAAGCACGCCACACAGCUGCAGAACAAGGUCAACCGCGACCAGCAGUACUUAGCGGCGCGCGCGCAACACCCGCCGCCGCCGCACCACUACAAGCACGCCACACAGCUGCAGAACAAGGUCAACCGCGACCAGCAGUACUUAGCGGCGCGCGCGCAACACCCGCCGCCGCCGCACCACUAUAAGCACGCUAGCAACGAAUACAUAGAGGACAUCUGCCCGUACGCCACGUUCCAACUGACUAAGCCGACGGCCUACAGCGAGAGCAGCUACAGCGGCAACGUGUACAGCGGGCCUUACCACUCCGUGCGGGGCUCCUUUGUCUACCACGACUUGAAGCAAAACGACAAGUACAAGGGCAAAGAGCCAGAAUACACGAAAGUGAGAAGAAAAGGGAACAGACUCCGCGAUCCUCACUCUGAGAGCCAAGAGUCGGACAACUUGGGCUCGACGGACUCGGAGGUGAAGAAGAUACUAACGCUGCACCUGCCCAUUACAGAGUACGAGGACGACGCGAGCGACGACGCCAGCGCGCCGCAUUCCGACAGCGAGCCGGCGGCCAGGCUGCGGCCUACACAUCCUCCUACUUCGAGCGACGACGCCAGCGCGCCGCAUUCCGACAGCGAGCCGGCGGCCAGGCUGCGGCCUACACAUCCUCCUACUUACCCGAGCGUAGAGCGCGAAGAAUCUUCCUCUUCAUCAGAGAACUCCGUAGGAGGUGUGGUCCGAAAGGCCUUCCCUUCCCGAAAGGGGAAGGCAGGCGUCGGGAAGCGACACGUGAGAUCCUCUAGUGGCUACAGCAGCCACAACGACGAGACUACCUUCAGCAUAUCCAACUACCCGUCGUUCAACGAGCGCAUCCACCCGCCGUCGCGCUUCUCUGACGACACGGAGUGCGACGCGCCUUCUCGCCGCAAGCGCCACCACCACCACGCCGAGCACAAGCCUCGCGAGGCCUUCCAGAUCAACGUCUGAGGCCUCUGAGACCACUAGCAGGCUCACUUUGUAACGUACUCGUUGACGGGCAACUAACGCUAAAAAAUGAAAAUUUGGGCAUCCCCAAAAUCUAAAUCCAUCACAACGCUCUGACCUUCCAGGCCUUCCAGAUCAACAUCUGAGGCUACUAAUAUCUAGCAGGCUCUUUUAAUGCUAAUUAGGUACAGGCAACUAACGCUAAAAUCCAAGUUUGGGAACGGAAUCUCCAUCCAAAAACUAA